AUGAUUGACCGGCUCAUCAAUGGCUUUCAAGCCCUAUCCUACGGCUCUCUGCUCGGUCUAGGACUCCUCUUUGGCAUCGCAGCCGCCAACUAUAAGGCCCUACCCUUUGUGUCAACCCUGAGGAUCCUCCCCGCCGUCCUCCGGCUGCUGAAGCCUCGACUCCCACCCUGGCACCGGGCCGUCAAGGCAAAGAUCGCCGCCGUGACACCGCCGGGCGUCCCCUUUGCAACGGCGCCCGCUCUCACGUCCCUGGCCGCGUCGCCCCGCCUGUUUCGGCACCAGGUCACCACGUCGCGCGCCGUCGCUGCCGAUCUGGACAUUAACGUGCACAAGUCCAACAGCACCUUUUUCGCCGACGCCGAUAUUGGCCGCACCCGGCUGCUGGCCGACCUGCUGAGCGACGGGCUCGCGGGGCUGGGACCCGCCAACUUUAUCCUCGCGGGCGCCCAGUGCCGCUUCCUCCGCGAGGUGCGCCCUUACGCGGCGUAUGACGUCUCGUCGCGCGUCCUGGCAUGGACGGACCGUUCCUUUUAUGUUGUGACCUACUUUUUAAAGCCUCGCGCCAAGCUGCCGUUUGAGAUUGACGUGCUGGGUGGUCCCCAGGCCCUGCUCUCUGCCGCCGAUGACGGCCUCAGGAGAAAGGUGUAUGCCGUGCUGGUGACCAAGUUUGUCUUCAAGGCUGGUCGCGCGACGGUGGCGCCGGAACAGAUUCUCCGCGCGUCGGGGCUGUUGGUCGAUGAUGAUGGAAGCAACACGGACGGCGGCGAGAAGACGACCACUGGGGUUGGCUUGCCGCGUGAGGGGAUGUUGCAUGGGCAGAAUGUCGAUGCUGCAGUAAAGGCGGGACUGGAGUAUGUUGCGCGGUGCAUGGAGUAG